AACGGACAUAGAGCAGAUGUUCUAUUGUUUUUCAGUGAGGGAAGACGAUAGGAACUUCCUACGUUUUCUAUGGUUCCAAGAUAACGACCCCUCCAAAGACAUUGUGGAGUAUCGAAUGACGGUCCACGUCUUUGGAAAUAGCCCUUCACCCGCAGUAGCGAUUCAUGGAUUGCACCAGUCUGUUCAGGUCAGUGAACUCCACAUUGACGCUGACGUCCAACGUUUUGUGAUGCGCGACUUCUAUGUAGACGAUGGGUUAAAGUCCCUACCCACAGUCGAAGCUGCAGUCAACUUGCUGAAAAAAACACAGGAUAUUCUCUCCAAAUCCAACCUAAGACUACACAAGAUCGCAGCAAACAACAAGGAGGUCAUGGAGGCCUUUCCGGCUGAAGAUCGUGCAAAAGACCUUAAAGACCUUGACCUCAGUGCAGAUGCGCUGCCGGUGCAGCGUAGUCUAGGUAUCAAUUGGGACCUCGAGACCGACUGCUUCCAAUUCAGCGUCUCCGAUGAGAAGAGACCAUACACUCGACGGGGUGUCUUGUCAACAAUCAACAGCCUCUACGAUCCUCUAGGGUUUGUAGCGCCAGUCACAAUACAAGGCAAGGCUAUUCUGAGAGAGCUAACAACUGAGAAAGGUGACUGGGACUCGCCUUUGCCUCGAGAAAUGGAGGAAUCAUGGACAUCGUGGAGAACAUCCUUAACAGAACUGUCCCAGCUGUCUAUUCCCAGAGCCUACACUACAACUUCCCCCGCAACAGCUGUCAGAAGGGAAUUGUGCGUAUUUUCUGACGCAUCCACAAAAGCUAUUGCCGCUGUGGCAUACCUAAAAGUAACUGACUCUGCUGGAAAUAACCAUGUCGGAUUUGUAAUGGGCAAAGCCAAGCUGGCCCCCCGUCCUGAGCAAACAAUUCCGAGACUGGAACUUUGCGCAGCAGUGCUUGGAGUGGAGUUAGCAGACCUAAUCUCGACAGAAUUAGACCUUCAGCUCGAUGCUACAACCUUCCACUCAGACAGCAAGGUGGUCCUUGGCUACAUUUCUAAUGAAACUAGGCGCUUUUAUGUGUAUGUAAGUAACCGGGUAUUGCGUAUCCGAAGAUCCUCUCGCCCAGAUCAAUGGCGCUAUGUGUCAACAGAACAGAACCCCGCAGACCACGCUACACGUGCUGUCACUGCAGACCGUUUGAAUGACACAAACUGGCUGAGCGGGCCCAAAUCUCUGUACACACCGGAGACCAGUACCUCAGAGAGCACCCAUGAACUUGUGGACCCGAGUGCAGACUCAGACAUUCGCCCUCUGGUAUCCACUUUGAGCACUACGACAACAUCCAACCAGCUCGGUUCUCAGCGAUUCGCAAGGUUCUCAUCCUGGAAGUCGCUAACUCGGGCCAUUAUUCGCCUCAUACACAUAGCUCGCCUUUUCAACAGCACCUUGAAGAACAGCCUUUGUAAGGGCUGGCAUCACUGCAAAACAGGAUUCAAUUUUGAGGAAUCUAAUCAAGCAUCGCACAUCAUCAUUCGAGCAGUACAGGAGGAAGCCUACAGUCAAGAGAUCAAAUGUGUCCAAAAACAUGAAGGCCUAGUGGAGUGAACUGUCUAGGAUUUAUUGGGUGGCGUGUAUUCACGCCAAGCGGGGAGUGUUUUGUCACAAACGUUAAAUCAAUGCUAUGUUUUAUUUUGAAAACAGGAAAUGUGAUGUAAUUUGUCAGGUGACAGGAACCAGGAAGUCAAUGAAGAAUAUGGCUCAGAACUGCUGUUUGUAUUGGUAGCUUUUCAAUCCAGUUGAGUCUGCAUGCAUCCUAUACCUUUUUGAUAGCAUCGUUGUUUUACUAUGCCGCCCUCGGUAUAUGCGCUCCGAUACACC